CUUUGAGACCGAGGGGAAGAAUACAGGUGUCACGUUCACCCAAGAAGUCUACAUUUAAACCUCUGUACAUAGAAUGGAUGAUGGUUAUUGAAACAGCCCAAACCUCUUUCACAGUGCAAGGGAUAUAGCUCAAGAGGCAAGCAGGCAGUCCCAGAACCAAGGAAUGGAUGACUACAAAUAUCAUGACAACUAUGAGGGCUAUGCCCCCAGUGAUGGCUAUUAUCGUGGUAAUGAAUCCAAUCCAGAAGAAGAUGCACAGAGUGAUGUUACAGAAGGCCAUGAUGAGGAGGAUGAGAUCUAUGAGGGCGAGUACCAGGGCAUCCCUCACCCAGAUGACAUCAAGGCCAAGCAGGCCAAGAUGGCACCCUCCAGGGUGGAUGGUCUUCGGGGCCAGGCAGACCUGAUGGCCGAGAGGAUGGAAGAGGAAGAGCAGCUGGCCCACCAGUACGAGACCAUCAUUGAUGAAUGUGGCCACGGACGCUUCCAGUGGACCCUCUUUUUUGUUUUGGGUUUGGCCCUGAUGGCUGAUGGGGUGGAAGUGUUUGUGGUGAGUUUUGCCCUGCCCAGUGCAGAGAAGGACAUGUGUCUGUCUAGUUCCAAGAAAGGAAUGCUUGGGCUGAUAGUCUACCUAGGAAUGAUGGGGGGAGCCUUCAUCCUGGGGGGCCUGGCUGAUAAGCUGGGGAGGAAGCGAGUCCUCAGCAUGUCCCUGGCCGUCAACGCCUCCUUCGCCUCCCUCUCUUCCUUCGUACAGGGAUAUGGAGCCUUCCUCUUCUGCAGACUCAUCUCAGGCAUAGGUAUUGGGGGUGCUCUGCCCAUUGUUUUUGCCUAUUUUUCUGAAUUCUUGUCCCGGGAGAAACGAGGAGAGCAUCUCAGUUGGUUAGGCAUCUUCUGGAUGACUGGAGGCAUCUAUGCGUCUGCCAUGGCCUGGAGCAUCAUUCCACACUAUGGCUGGGGCUUCAGCAUGGGCACCAGUUACCACUUCCACAGCUGGAGAGUGUUUGUCAUCGUCUGCGCUCUGCCCUGCACUGUGUCCAUGGUGGCCCUGAAGUUCAUGCCAGAGAGCCCGAGGUUUCUGCUAGAGAUGGGCAAACACGACGAAGCCUGGAUGAUUCUCAAGCACGUUCACGACACCAACAUGAGGGCUAAGGGGGCCCCAGAGAAGGUGUUCACGGUUUCCAACAUUAAAACUCCCAAGCAAAUGGAUGAAUUCAUUGAGAUCCAAAGUUCAACAGGGACUUGGUACCAGCGCUGGCUAGUCAGAUUCAAGACCACUUUCAAGCAGGUCUGGGAAAAUGCUCUGUACUGUGUGAUGGGGCCCUACAGGAUGAACACACUGAUUCUGGCUGUGGUCUGGUUCACCAUGGCUUUAAGUUACUAUGGACUGACAGUUUGGUUCCCUGAUAUGAUCCGGUAUUUUCAAGAUGAAGCAUACAAGUCCAAAAUGAAGGUAUUUCACAAUGAGCACGUGUAUGGUGUCACAAUCAACUUCACAAUGGAAAAUCAGAUUCACCAACAUGGGAAACUUGUGAAUGACAAGUUCACAAAGAUGUACUUUAAACAUGUGCUCUUUGAGGACACUUUAUUUGACGAGUGCUAUUUUGAAGACGUUACAUCGACUGAUACCUAUUUCAAAAACUGCACCAUUGAAUCGACCAUCUUUUAUAACACAGACCUCUACCAGCAUAAGUUCAUCAACUGUCAUUUUAUCAAUGUCACCUUUCUGGAACAGAAGGAGGGCUGCCACAUGGACUUAGAGCAAGACAACGACUUCUUGAUUUACCUCGUCAGCUUCCUUGGCAGUCUGUCUGUCUUGCCUGGGAACAUCAUAUCUGCCCUUCUCAUGGAUAGAGUCGGAAGGCUCAGGAUGAUCGGUGGCUCCAUGCUCAUCUCGGCUGUCUGCUGCUUCUUCCUGUUUUUUGGCAACAGUGAGUCGGCGAUGAUUGGCUGGCAGUGCCUGUUCUGUGGGACAAGCAUUGCUGCCUGGAAUGCUCUGGAUGUGAUCACGGUGGAGCUGUAUCCCACCAACCAGAGGGCAACAGCCUUUGGCAUCCUCAAUGGAUUAUGCAAAUUUGGCGCCAUCUUGGGAAACACCAUCUUUGCUUCUUUUGUUGGGAUCACCAAAGUGGUCCCCAUCCUUCUGGCUGCUACUUCUCUCGUUGGGGGUGGCCUGAUUGCUCUUCGACUGCCAGAGACUCGAGAACAGGUCCUGAUGUGAACAACCUACGGGGAAAGGAAAUGUUGGAAGAAUCUCGUUCAGGAACCUUAACUGCACCUACACUUCCUGUCCAUCACUGUCCAGAGGACACCUGGAUAGCACAGGAGGAGAAGUUGAAUUUGUGACCCCUAAUCUAGCACCCAUUUCAGCUGUCUAUAUGUUUGUAACUCAGGUGAUUGAUUUGAGGGUGUCCUGAGCUGUCCUCUCUUAGAGUCCCAGAACUGUGUGCUUGGCUAAUGGUGUCCCCAGCCCAAGGUGAGGGAGGACAGAUCAUGCCCUCCAAACUAAGUAAGGGGUAUUUCCGCAAGUGAGGUGCAAGGACUUUUUUCAUUCAUUUCAAAAUGAAUUUGAGAAACACUCAAUGUCCUCCAUAAAGUUCCUCGGAGCCCAAGGACCUGACAAAUUGACUUGGCGGGGAAGUCGAGUCAUCAUAUGAAUACUGAAGUACAGGAUACAUAUAUUUUUGCAUUUAAAGUAUUACUUAUCAUAGUUUCCAUUUGAAAAUUGGCACAAUAGCAUUGAAGAUACUCUGAUAUAGAAAACCAAAUAUGUGAGCAAUAUCUGUAGAAAUCUACUUUACCCCCUCCAAGGGUCCUAAGUUUUCCAUGAUGAUUAGGUGGUGAAUUUAAGAAUAUUUAUUCCUAUUUUGAUCUCGUCAAAGAAACUUAAUGGGAUAGGUAUUCUGUAAACUAACUUUGUACAUAACUGUCUUUGGGUUUCUUUUGCAGAAAUGAUAUCUGCAAAUAUUUGCCAGCAUUUAGCCAUAUUUUGAGAGGACUUGGUGUUUGAGUUUCCAGGAAAUUGGGGCUGAUGGAAUGAAGUGCAAGCACAACUUCUUACAGCCAUUUAACUUGCUGUCGAGAGGAUGCACUUAGCAAACUCACGUUGUACAGUUCCUUUCACCCAGGAGCUUUUCUUCGUGUGUGGGGAGGAGUUACUUUCCUUUCUUACACAGAUCACUGGUGAAACGCAAGGUCACCAUCUUCCAUCCUGGCAUUUGACAUUGCUGCUCACCCAGAAGCAACACGGGAAGUCUUCCGUGACCUCUGGCACCCUCUUUGUAGGCGAGAAUAAAACACGGUGGACCACAUGAGGGAUUGAGGGAGGGAUGGGGAAGUGUAGCCACAGAUCUUCAAAGUGUAAAUUUAGCAGUAAAACACAAUCCGUAUUUGUUAUAAUGGUCAGGUCCAAUGAAAAAUCUACCUGAUAUGUCUCGGUUCAGGGUUUUUGAAGCAGUCAUUGGCAUGGGAGUUAGGGAGUGUAGUGGAUGUCACAUAUGUUUACCUUCAGUGUUCCAAGAGAACA